AUGGAAGAAUCAAUGUACAAUCACAGCAUAAAUAUUUCUGAAGUCAUCCCUAAUGGCACCAGGCCUCAGUUUGCAGAUUUUGACUCAUGCCAAGCUUCUUCACCUGCAAUGUUCCUGUUGAUUCUUGCAUAUAGUGUAGUGACUAUAAUAGGACUCUUUGGGAAUCUCUGCCUCAUAUUCAUCAUAAAAAGGCAGAAAGAAAAUCAUAAUGUCACUAACAUCUUGAUUGCAAAUCUUUCUGUAUCUGAUGUUCUUAUCUGUGUCAUGUGCAUUCCUUUCACUGUUGUGUACACACUGAUGGAUUAUUGGGUAUUUGGAGAUGUCAUGUGCAAAGCAAACUCAUUUAUCCAGUGUGUAUCUGUUACUGUGUCUAUAUUUUCCUUAGUUCUGAUUGCUAUUGAAAGGCAUCAGUUAAUUGUAAAUCCGCGUGGCUGGAAGCCUGCUGUCUCCCAUGCCUGUUGGGGGAUUGUACUGAUCUGGUUCCUAUCUUUAAUAAUCUCAUUUCCAUUCAUCAUAUUUCAUCUGCUUACCGAUGACCCUUUCAGAAAUGUCUCUUCACACUCAGAAUUCUAUAAAGACAAAUUUGUAUGCAUUGAGAUCUGGCCAUCAGAGAUAGAUAGACUUGUCUUUACAACGUGUCUCCUCAUAGUUCAGUAUUUUGCCCCGCUAUGCUUUAUAUUUGUUUGUUAUCUGAAAAUCUUUAUAUGCCUAAAGAAAAGAAAUGGUAUGGUAGAUAAAAUGAGAGAAAAUGAGAGUAGGGUAAAUGAAAGCAAAAGAAUAAAUAUGAUGCUGGUUUCAAUUGUAGUGGCGUUUGCAGUCUGCUGGCUGCCAUUGAACAUCUUCAAUGUUGUCUUUGACUGGAAUCAUGAAGUUCUUAUGAACUGCCACUAUAAUCUUGUAUUUACACUAUGUCAUCUCACAGCAAUGAUAUCAACCUGCAUUAAUCCCAUUUUUUAUGGAUUUCUCAAUAAGAAUUUCCAGAAGGACUUAAACAUGCUAAUUCACUGCAAGUACCAAUCAACCCAAGAGGAGUAUGAGAAUAUUGGCCUCUCAGCCAUGCACACAGAUGUAUCCAAAUGCUCUCUGAAAUUAAACAAUUUCUCCCCAAAUAUAUAA